CGACCAGAUGAACUCCUGGAUCGCACGGAUCAAUCUAGUUGCUGCCAUGUUUUCCUCGCCACCUUUCCCAGCCGCCGUCGGCUCCAAGAGGAAAUUUAGCCGCCCCAUACUCCCAUCGGCCGCCUCGAAACAGUCACAGGAGGAGCAGCUGGAGUCCCAUGAUUCCAUGCUGCAGUCGAUAAUGGACGACCUCGACGACCAUCAGAUGACCUUUCCAGACAAGAAAUGGAAGACCAAGGAUUUUGAAGAGUACAAACUGAAGCAGGAGUACUUCGAGUAUGAGAAGUGCCGGAUCGAGACGUAUGUGAACCUACUGAAGGUGAAGCUGAACGAGGGGACUGAUGACCUGGACAAGCUGGAGGUUCACUUGCUCAACUGCAUGGAAGGGAAGAACACCUCGCUGAAGAAAUCGCAUUCCAGCCCUUCCCUCAACCUGGAGCAGGCGCCCGUGGUAAAAGUGAAGAGGAACGUCUCCGAGCGAAGGACCUACCGCAAGAUUAUCCCGAGCCGGCCCAGGAAGUUACUAUGAAAACGCAAAUAUUUGAAGGUCCUUCUGUUGAUGAAGGAAAUAACUUAAGUUGUUGGAUGUGGGGGGGGUGGGGGGCUGCGGAAAUUUUGCCUCUAACUGCUGCGCCUGAGGGAGAGAAAGCGUGCGAAACGUUUGUGGCGAAAUUUCAGUGAGCAAUAUGGCAGGCGAGCUCUUUAUUUUUGUACCUUCGGACUUGAAGUUGUCUGGGUUUUUUUUUUAAGAAAGCCAUAUGUAUAAAUUAUGACGUCUUUUGAAGCACUUUCUGCUUUUCGUUUCUUCUGAAGUAUGUGGACUCCGAGUCCAAUCGCGCCUGGACAUGCUUUCCACGGCUGGUGCUCCGAAAUGCACUAUCCCCAGGACGCACUGAAGGAUCCAGGCGGUAGAUGUUUAGCGGGGUGGGGGGCAGGUGAAUGCUAUCGCUUCUCGAUCCAGCGGCGAAAGAGCCGGUUUCUCAGUUGCAGAAGCUGGCCGCUAACCCUGUCUCGGGGCGUCCCGCAGGAAGCGGGGGCGAGAUGGCAUCGCGGGCGAGGGGCACAGCGAAGGAUGGGCCGGUGUCUGCUCAAACCAAAGAAACAAAUGCCAAGCAGGAGUCGGCGUGUUCCCUAAUUCCCUGAGACCACAGCGCAGAAAGCUCCACUGACAAAAGAAAAACAACGCAGCGUUGUUUGUCAAAAUAAAUUCCCUUUUUUUCCUCACGGAAGAGUGACGGCGUUGCUUGCUCCCUUCGGCAAGGCAAACGAAACAUUUUGAAAUGAUUCCAGAGGCUCCACGUCGAGAUUUUCCCAGGGGCCGGAUAUGUCCAGUCGUUGUGAGGGCCCGUGGAGAGUCGUGGGCAAAGAAAGUGGGCAAGUGGUGUAUUCGGAAUUAGACGCUCCCCCCAAAUCUUAUGCAACUCGGUCUGUGUGUGUUCCUAUUGCCCCCCCUUCUUCUGAGGCAUUGACCCCUUUUUCUCCAAUCUCAGGGUGGCCCGAGAGAAUCAGGAGCAACAUUUGGUUGGGAGGUUAUGAAAGCAAAGGGUCUGGGCGCUUUGGAAGGUGUCAGCGAAUGAAGAGAGGAAACCGGACCCUGUUGCAGGUGGAAUGGAACGGAUGAGGAUGUUAUCGCUCCCCACCCUCAGAGUGAUGCUAGAUGUUCCUCUCUCAUUCGCUUCUGGACCCCGAUCAACUCCUGACCGUUCGAGGCCCAUGUCCCUGUCAUGCCAACCCAGUCCCAUUUCUCUGCCGACCUCUGACCUCACUUCUCUGGGACCCUGUCCCAACCUCUGUAACCUCCUCAACUCCUAUGUCCCCUCUAACUCUUCCAUCCCUCCCUCCUUCCCACACCCACAACACCCACCACCUCCUCCCCGCCCCCCCCAACCCGAGCUCUGGAAUUCUGUCCCGAUGCCACUCGGCCCCUCUCUCCCUCCCUCCUUUCCCCUCCCUUCUACCUCUUGGGGCCCAGCUCUCUGCUGUCCGGGAAUUUGCUGAUGUGAAGGAGCGUGGGCAGCAUUUCCCUUCUGUCGAAGGCACCGUUUGAAUGCAAGUUGUUGCACUGUACCCAAGCGAGCAUCAAAUCUGUAGGAACAGCGAAACCAAAACUCCACAAGCACUUCCUGCUUCUUCUAAGUAUGGGGUCUCCCGCUCCAUGCCUGAUUUACAGAUGCUUAUCACUGCUGUAGAAUCUGCUGGGGCUCUGACAUGCAGUUUCCUGGGAUGGACUGCAGGAUCCAGGCACUAGAUGUUUUGGCUGGCAGGUUAUCAACUCUCGAUCUGUUCCGAGCGCUUCGGUUGCAAACCGGAUCCUCCAGCUUCCGAUCGCUCCCCGUUAUAUCUCGGCAUAAAUCUGAAGUGAAGAAAAAUGUUGAAUCUGAUCGUUUCGACGCUGAUCAAAUGUUUCCUCAGUGACUAGCCUGCACCCACAGGUAUAUCACUCCAGUUUUGGACCUCCUGUAUUUUUAUUCAAUGGGAACGCGAGCAAUGGACACACACAGUGAAACUCUCCUGGUUCCCGCACAGUUGGGAAAUUUACUUGUCCAGCUCGGGCAGGAAUUCCUGGAAUUCUGUGCGCAACUCCACCCACCCCCACCCACCUUGAGAAAACAGAAGAUGUUGCUUCAGUCUUUUCUUAAAAAAAAAUGCAAUGAUCUCGUCAUAUCAAAUUGCAACCCCACGAUCCAGCUUAUUUAUUCUUUGAUUCAGUCGGAGAUUUUUUUUAACAAAAAAGACCUCUUGCGAAUAAUCGGUUACGUUGCUUGUAAAAAAAAAAAAAUUUGUGGUUUUUACGUGCACCGUUUUAAACGAAAGUGUAAGAUUAUCCAUUUUGGUCGUCCGAUGAGAAAGGCAAUUUGUGUCCGAAAUGGAGAGAAUGCAGAGGGAUCUGGGCGUACAAAUCUCGGAAAACUAAUUUUCAGGUAGUGAGGACGGCAAAUGGAAUUUUGCCAUUUGUUGCUAAAGGAAUGGAGUAUAAAUGUAGGGAAGGGUUCCUCCAACUGGACGAGGCAUUAGCGAGACUGCACCGGGAGCGCUGGGUAGAGUUUCGGUCCCCUUACUCGAGGGGAGUUGUAGUUACAUUGGAGGCAUUUCAGAGGAGGUUCACUCGAAUGAUUCCAGAGACGAGGGGGUUUGUCUUAUGCAGAGAGAUUGAGCAGGAUUAGGCCCGUACUCUCUGGGAGCUCAGAAGAACGAAAGGAAAUCUAAUGAGAAGAUGCUAAAGGGGAUUGGCAGUAGAUGUGGAUGGGAUGCUCCCUCAUGUGGGGCAAACUGGAUCGAGAUCGUUUUGGGAUAAGGGAUCAGGGAGAUUUCAAACAGAGACGAGGAGGGGAUUACUUCUCUCAAAAGGGUCGUGAAUCUGUGGAAUCCAUUCCCCCCCCGCAGAAUGCAGUGGGUGGUGGGAUACUGAGUAAAUGUAAAGGAGGCGGUAGAUUUUUAAUCAGUCGUGGGUGGAAGGGAACGGACAGGAUGGGAACAGCCGUGAUGGUGUAGAACAACGAAGCAGCCUCUGCUGGCUGAAUGGCCUCCUCCUGCCCCCUUUUUAAUGCCUGUGCAAAGACGAAAGCCCAGAAAUGAGUAACGGCCAGCAGAUGCUGAGCAUGUGAUGAAAAACGAAGGGGUCGCUGGACUCCAAGCACCAACCACUAACUCUCUCUUCACAGAUGCUGAGUCUCCUCCAGCGUUUCUGCCCUUUUGCCUAUAAUUUUGGACUCUUUGCAUCGGGGAGGGGGGUGUGUUGGGGGGGAAGCUACAGGGACAAAUGAAAGGUAAUCUCCUUCGAGGUGGUUUAACCUGUGCGCUGGAGGGAAGGAUUUGGGGAGUGCGUGAUUUAAAAUCUCAGCACUUGCAGAAAUUCAAACCCAAGGUCUGGAAUAGUUGCGACACAGUAUAUGACCACAAGAGGGCAGGUUUUGCCUUCCUGGCAAGAGCAGGCCCCCUUCAAUGCGAAUGGAAAACCAGGACGAAAAACUCGGAACAGGGAAACAUUGAAAAUACUCCCCAGGGAGAAGCUAGAAAAAGGCCGGGGUUAACAUUGGCAGGCAGAACUGUCCGUUGAUUUCCAGCGGGAAUAAAUCUUCGCAGGAGACAUUAGUUCUCUCAAUAGUCAGUGUGUGUCCCUCAUUCUUAUCUUUGCAAUCUAUGUGCAACUCAGGGUAAAGGAAGACAAUAUUAAGGACGCUACAUUGAGGCAGAAUCAAGUGGAGAGGUUGACGAUACCUUUAAAGAGAGAAGGUCUGUUUUUUUGUUUGCAAUUGAGUGAAAAUUGUUUGUAGAAUUUGAACCGCAUUAGUAUUACCAUGUGCAAAACCGGCGAUGUCUUCCAAUAAAGCGUUUUGCUUAACGCCCUUUUUUUGUAAAGUUGGUCCUGACGAAUAAAGUGAAAUGUUUUGUA